CGGCCCCACGGUCGUCGUCUGAUAUAAUCCCUGCACAACUUGAAGCACAGCAUACACCGAGCUGAGCACCGGCCUGUCUCGAACUCUCGAUCGGUCACCUCUCGCCUGAGCUUGCUGCGCGCGGCAGCGAAUAUGGAGGGGCUCGUCAAGAUCGGGCCGUGGGGCGGCCGCGGCGGCGACCAGCGGGACAUUGUCGUCGCCGCCGGCGUCGCGCCGCACCGCCUCGAGAGCAUCGUCAUCCGCUGCGAGGGAGCCGUGGACGCGAUCUCCUUCACCUACGCCGGCGUCGACGGGGUGCCGCGCAAGGCGGGGCCGUGGGGCGGCUCCGGCGGCCGGAAGUACAAGGUCAUGUUCGGCGCGACGGAGGUCAUCAAGGAGGUCUCCGGGGCGUACGGUCCGUACGGCGACUACGCCGGCAUCGUGAGGUCGCUCACGUUCGUCACCAACCUCGGCAAGAAGCACGGGCCGUUCGGCGAGCCGGGGCAGGGCACGCCCUUCAGCGUCCCGGUGCAGGACGGCGGCCGCAUCGUCGGGUUCUUCGGGAGGUCCGGUGGGCUGCUGGAUGCCGUCGGUGUCUACGUGCAUCCGUAAUGACUAGUGACAUACUGACAAACCAUUACCCAGCCAGCCUCCAGGGAAUAGUUUCGAAGCCGAGUUGCUAGUACCAGCAGAUGAGUUUAAUUAAUUUCCAGUUGAGGAUAAUAAUAUUAGUCUAGUAGCGUGGUUCUCUCUGGUUCGGUUUGCUCCUG